AGUGCAAUGGCGAAAUUGAACAGUAACAGCCAUCGCUUCUCGGUACCAUAUUUAUAAUGUCGUUAACAUUAAAGAAAACAGAAUCAUUCUUCUGCAGAGUCACAUCAUGCAACAUCUGUACAUUUAACGCGCGCGGGGCUGCAACUAGAAGGAGUAUUCUACUGUCCCUGCAAGCGAUGACGGUUUAAAACGCGGGUCUGAGGCGUACUGAGUGAAUCAUGGCCACGCAAGAACCAUCCCCUCCGUCGUCCAUGGAGAGCAACAAACCCGGCUUCCCCAAGCAGAUCCUGGCCAACAAGCUGGAGGAUAAACACCUGUGUAACUGCUGUCAGAACCUGCUGCGGAGGCCCUUCCAAGCCCAGUGUGGACACCGCUUCUGUUCCUACUGCUUCAAUAGGACUGUCAGAGAUGGACCUCAGAAAUGCAAUGCUUGUAUCAAAGAGGACAUUUUUGAAGAGCCCACGUCGAUUCUAAAACAAGGCUGUGCUUUUCCUGACAACGCAGCUCGAAGAGAGGUCGAAAACCUCUCCGCUGUCUGCAUCAACGAAGGCUGCACUUGGAAAGGCAAUAUUAAAGAAUAUGAGUUGAGUCACGAGGGGAAGUGUGAGUACAUGAUCAUCCCCUGCCCCUCCUGUAAAGAGCAGAUCCGCUUCAACGAACAGGAACGCCACAACGAGCGAGAGUGCCCCGAGAGAACUCUCAACUGCAAGUACUGCAAGGAACCAUUCCAUUUCAAAAACAUCAAGGCCCACGACGAGAUCUGCCCCAAAUACCCCAUGAUCUGUGAAGGCUGUGCCAAGAAGAAAAUACCCAGGGAGAAGUAUGUGGACCACAUUAAGUUCUGCAGCAAAUUCAGAACUCCAUGCAGAUUCCAUGUUGUUGGGUGUGAUAUGUCAGUGGAGAAGGAGAGGAUCCAUGACCACGAGAGGGCCUGCGCCUACGAGCACCUCAACCUGCUGCUGCACUACAUUAUGGACAUGAAGGUGAGCAUGGAGGGCCUGCAGCCGCAAGGCCUGGAGCUGGCUGGACACAAGCUCCUGGAGCUCCACCAUUCCCUCAGGGAGCUGGAGGCUCGCAUCUCCCAGCUCAGCACUACCUCUACCCGGCCUCCCGUGCAGGGGGCCACCUCCUCUUCUUCCUCCUCGGGCCUCCCCGGGCCUCCCGCCCUGGCUCUUCCCCUGCCUCCACCUCCCGCCCUGGCCCCCACCCUGAGCGUGUCCACCUCCUUCACCCCCCUGCCCAGCUCGGUGGGGGCGGCCCUGGAGCUGCAGCUCCACAGUGAGAAGACAAAGGUGGCGGAGCUGGGACGCAGGUGCACCGAUUUGGAGGUGAAGGCGGGGAUGUUUGAGAAUGUGGUUUGUGUGUUGAACAGAGAGGUGGAGCGCUUUGCCACCACCAUGGAGGCCAGUAACAGACAGCACCGCCUAGACCAGGAUAAGAUUGAGGCCCUGAGCAACAAGGUGCGGCAGCUGGAGAGGACGGUGGGGCUGAAGGACCUGACGGUAGCAGAGAUGGAGGGCAGGCUGAGGGAGAUAUCGGCCACCACAUUCGACGGCGUCUUCGUCUGGAGGAUCUCUGACUUUACCAAGAAGAGACAGGAUGCCAUCGCUGGCCGAGCUCCUGCCAUGUUCUCACCAGCCUUCUACACCAGUAAAUACGGCUAUAAGAUGUGUCUGCGGAUCUACCUGAACGGGGACGGGACAGGGCGUGGCAGUCACCUGUCUCUGUUCUUUGUCGUGAUGAGGGGACUGAGUGAUGCUCUGCUCAAAUGGCCCUUCAACCAGAAGGUGACUCUGAUGCUGCUGGACCAGAGUAACAGGGAGCACAUCAUCGAUGCCUUCCGGCCCGACGUCACUUCCUCCUCUUUCCAGAGGCCUGUAAGUGAGAUGAACAUCGCCAGCGGCUGCCCGCUCUUCUGCCCACUCUCCAAGCUCGACGCCAAGAACUCCUACAUCCGCGACGACACCAUUUUCAUCAAGGCCAUCGUGGAUCUCACAGGCCUCUAGAUGCACCCUUUUAAGUGGAAGUGCAAGACAACUGAGCAGCACUGUGGCCAUUUCGGCUCCAUUUGGGUUCCAUUCGGGCCUAUUUCAGUCCCCUUCAGUAGUAGGGAGCCUGAAAUGCUUGCUACUGUGUGCUGCAUGUGGCUCCAGCUUUCCCGGCUCAGGAGGCCCUUGCACUGUUGUAGCUCUACAUUUUAUAUACAAUGAUUUUACUAAUCUCUUAAUGCCACAAUACUGGUUUCUCAUGGUGCUUGAACCCCACUUGGUGUGGUGUGUAGCUUUAUUAUUUGUAUCCAUGGAAAUAACUCCAGAAUAUAGUCUCAAUAUUCAGUUGGACAGAACCUGUGGUAUUUAAAUGGGGAUAUGUGGUGAUUGAAUUGAGUUGGAGGGCAUCUUUUUCUCUCUUUGUUUUCCAUAAGACUUCAUUAGGUCUCAGAGAGAGUGAAUUCUAGCCAUUAGAGAAUAGUAAUAAGAGGGAUAUGUACCUUUUCCUUGUCAGUGUAGAAAAUGCCCCAAUGCUUAUUGUAGAAGUAGAGCUUAUCGUGGCUUUGUGCAGCAGGGUAUUCACUUUUUCACUUGUUUCCGAUCUCAACCCGAGUAAUUUUGAUUGUGGAUAUCGUGAGCUUCUCAAUGCCAUUGUUGAGUAUAUUUGCAUAGACAAACGUGGAGUUAUGUUAUGAAUAAGAAUAUGGGCA